AUGAUGAUGAACAUUAAUCUCUUACAAACCCUAAUCAUCACCCUUGUUGUCGCACUGAUCAUAGCCAUUUCAGAUGGUUCUUCUUCAUUAUCUGCAGCAGCAAACGACAUUGCAGGGUUCAAAACGCAAGAGGAAGCCGCAGCUGCUUAUUCAGACGACGACGUGAGAGCAAUGAGGCGAUUCCUUGUUGAGAAGAGCUACUAUUAUAACACGACGUUGUGCUACAAGUCUCCAAGAGUGUGUCGUUUAAAGAGCAGUGGAGGGCCCGAUUGCUGCAAGAACAAGUGUGUGAAUGUAAAGAGUGAUAAGAUGAACUGUGGGAAGUGUGGGAAUAAGUGUAAGUACGCUGAGAUUUGUUGUAAGGGACAGUGUGUGAAUGCUUCUUUUGACAGAAGAAACUGUGGAGGAUGCAAUAAGAAGUGCAACGACGGAGAGUUCUGCGUUUAUGGGAUGUGCAACUACGCAUAA